AUGAGGCCUGAGAAUCAGAGCCACGUGUCUGAGUUCCUCCUCCUGGGGCUCCCCAUCCUGCCAGAGCAGCAGGGCGUGUUCUUUUCCCUCUUCCUGGGCGUGUACCUGACCACGGUGCUGGGCAACCUGCUCAUCCUCCUGCUCAUCAGGCUGGACACUCGCCUCCACACCCCCAUGUACUUCUUCCUCAGCCACUUGGCCCUCACUGACGUCUCCUUCUCAUCUGUCACCGUCCCUAAGAUGCUGAUAAACACGCAAACCCAGGAUCAAUCCAUCCCCUAUGCAGGCUGCAUAGCACAGAUGUAUUUUGUCCUACUUUUUGGCUGCAUUGAUAGCCUUCUUCUUGGAGUGAUGGCUUAUGACAGGUGCAUGGCCAUCUGUCACCCUCUCCACUACACCACCAUCAUGAGGGAGGGGCUGUGCGUGUUCCUGCUGGCUGGAUCCUGGCUCCUCUCUUGUGUCGUUGCCCUGUCCCACACCAUCCUCCUGGCUCAGCUCAUGAGGAGGGAGAACCAGAGCAGCGUGUCCGAGUUCCUCCUCCUGGGGCUCCCCAUCCGGCCAGAGCAUCAGGGUGUGUUCUUCACCCUGUUCCUGGGCAUGUACCUGACCACGGUGCUGGGCAACCUGCUCAUCAUCCUGCUCAUUAGGCUGGACCCUCGCCUCCACACCCCCAUGUACUUUUUCCUCAGCCACUUGGCCCUCACUGACGUCUCCUUUUCAUCUGUCACUGUCCCUAAGAUGCUGAUAAACAUGCAUACUCGGGAUCAGUCAAUCCCCUAUGCAGGGUGUGUAACACAGAUGUACUUUUUCAUAUUUUUCGGUUGUGUUGACAAUCUUCUUCUUGCAGUGAUGGCCUAUGAUAGGCAUGUGGCCAUCUGUCACCCUCUACACUACACCACCAUCAUGCAAGGAAACCUGUGUAUUUCACUAGUGGCUGUGUCCUGGAUCUUCUCCUGUAGCAGUGCAAUGUCCCACACUCUCAGCCUGGCCCGGCUGUCCUUCUGUGCUGAUAACACAAUCCCUCAUUUCUUUUGUGAUCUUGCUGCCCUGCUUAAGCUCUCCUGCUCAGACACCUCCCUCAAUGAGUUGGUCAUCUUCACUGUGGGAGCACUGGGAAUCAUCAUACCACUAACUGGCAUCCUAGUCUCUUAUGUCCGCAUCGGGGUCUCCAUCCUAAGAGUCCCUUCCACCAAAGGGAUUUACAAAGCCUUGUCCACCUGUGGCUCCCACCUCUCUGUGGUUUUCCUAUUCUAUGGGACAAUUAUGGUUCUGUACAUUUUCCCAUCAUCAAACAACUCCAAUGACAAAGACAUAAUUGCUUCAGUGAUGUACACAGUGGUCACGCCCAUGCUGGACCCUUUCAUCUAUAGUCUGAGGAACAGAGACAUGAAGGGGGCUCUUGGGAGAUUUUCCAGGAGGGAGAUCUUCUUCUCUAAGUAA